GUACCCUACAAUGAUUUUUCUAUAAUUUAUUACGUUUUAAAUUAUAAUUGUGUGCAUUCUGAGUAUAAAUCCAUUGGGGUUCUCCACAAAACUCGUAUGUAAACGGUUUCAUCAUAGUUAAAACAUUAUCGAAUAUUCCUACUACAGUGUGUAUUUACAGUGGAGGUGAAUUUAUUUUUUAAAGGACUUCAGGAAUGUGUUUGGCGUUUAAACGUCAUUUUCGGUCAUGCCCAGCACCAGUACCGUAAUUGCAUAAAUGCGCAACCAUAUCUAAACAACUGAAAGGCGGCUUAAGUACACCGGGAAUUUGCAAACAACAAAGCAACAGGCCUACAGACUGAUGACUACAGGACACCACAAAAAUGUUGUAGGAAACCUAUGGCUGCGGGCGCCUUCCGGGCUGCCGCGAUAAAUACUUGUAACAACGAGCCUGGAUCAUCCUGCCAAAAAAACACGUCCAGCAGGAAGGGCGAUUUUCGUUCUCACCUGUUGCGUGUAGAGUAAAUCCGAAAUCCACAGGAUUUAACCGCCGAGGGGCGAAACGGUGUUGACUACAGACAGCUGUUCGGGCAUCUGGAAUCCCCAAAUCAAUUAGAAUGAGUAAGAAGGCCACUGGAGUGCAGACCAUCCGAGAAGCGCUCACAAGGCAAAUUGAAGAGGAUGAGAACGAGCAAGGAAAGAUGACAGGAGAUGAGCAGCCCAGAGCCUGUGGUGUGUGUGGAGAUCUGGCCAAGGGAUACCACUUCAAUGCCUUGACAUGCGAAGGCUGCAAGGGCUUCUUCAGGCGUGCCAUAAAGAGGACAACGCAGCUCCAGUGUCCGUACCUGAAUAAAUGCAGUAUAACCAAAAACAACCGGCGGUCGUGUCAAGCCUGCCGCUUCCGUAAAUGCCAAGCCAUAGGCAUGCGCAAAGAAAUGGUCAUGUCUGAGAAGCAGGUAUCAGAGAGGAGGAUCCGAAUCAAGAAGAAAAAGAUGGUCGACACUCCAAUGCAGCUUUCAUCCCAACAAGAGGAGACCAUUCAGGAGCUACUCUGUGGCCACCGCAACACAUUUGACUCCGCAUUUUACCGCUUCAGUGGCUUUAGGCCUAUGGACAGAAACGUCCUUCCUGUGAGUGAGUACAACCAGUCUGCAGGCAAGCCCUCGUACGCCUUCUCCCUCUUCUCCUCUUUCUCGUCGUCAUCCUCGUGUCUCUGUGGUACCUCUAAAAAACUAGAGAACCAUGAGGGCGAUGAAAGCAAUGUUUUCACUGCUCUUCCACACGUGACUGACCUCACAACUUACAUGAUCCAGGACAUUAUAAGUUUCUCCAAAAACCUUCAGGACUUUCGGUCUCUAACCAUGGAGGACCAAAUUGCUUUGUUGAAGGGAGCCACAUUUGAAGUUAUGCAGAUCCGUUUCAACAUGGUGUUCAACACAAAAACAAGCAUCUGGGAAUGUGGCCAUUUUACAUACUGCAUAGAUGAUGCUGUACGAGCGGGCUUUCAGCCUCUCCUGCUGGAGCCUCUGCUCAAAUUUCACCACACACUGCGCAAACUGGGCCUGCAGGAGGAAGAGUAUGUUCUCAUGCAAGCCAUGUCCCUGUUUUCUCCAGACCGUCCAGGUGUGCAGCAACACAGCGUGAUUGAUGUGCUUCAUGAAAACUUGGCGAUGACACUAAAAUCCUGGAUUGACUGCAAGAGAACAGGGUCAGAAAAACACCUGCUGUACCCUAAAGUGAUGUCCUGUCUUACUGAGAUGAGAACAAUGAACGAGGAGUACAGCAAACAGGUUCUGCACAUCCAGGACAUCCAGCCUGACGUUCUCUCUCCUCUCAUUAUGGAGGUGGUCAGUAAAGACCACUGUAAUGACUUAUAAUACUGAGUGAACAUGGACAGCUCAAGCAUUCUUGGUCUAUCUCUGUUUUUUAAUAACGGAAACCACAAACUGAAAACCAGCAGAAUGUGCCCAUUGAUUCAAAGCAAAGGAUUCUGUUUUUGUUGUUGUACAAAUGGGUCAAAAUACUAAAGAAUGCAUAAGAAGAUGAUAGUAGGCCUCACUGUCUGCUGGAGUCCUGCAAGUCCUGCUGAAAUGUCUGCUCUCUGCACUAUAUCUGUAAGUCAGAAGCAGCUUUAAGUUUUCCAAAGUUUAUUUUGUUAACAGUUUACAGUAUUUGUGGAUGGUAGAUUUGUCAUUGACAUGUUAAUUGUUUUGCUCACCUUAAGUACCCAUUGUGUCAUUUGUGUGUAUAUGAAUUAAUGUUUAUUUAAAGUUCUUUUAAAUGUCACAUGGUCAGAGGCCGUGAAGUAUGUAUUUUCUCAGAGAAUGGAAAAUGCUGUAUUUAUUACCUCAGGUUGUUUUGUGUUUUGAUGCCGUCAUGUGACAGAAAUGCUAUACAUUUAUUAUGAAUUAAACUAAAUAAAGAUACUCCUCAGAUUGAAA